UCCAUCUGUCUGUCCCUCCCUGUCUCAGGUAUAUCAGGGCCUGGACAUCAUCACCAACAAAGUUUCUGCCCAGGAGCAGAAGCUGUGCAAGCAUCACAUGAUCAGCUUUGUGGACCCCUUGGUCACCAAUUACACUGUACUGGACUUUCAGAAAAAGGCCACUGCCAUCAUUGAUGAGAUUCUUGACUCCCAGAAGGUCCCAAUUGUGGUCGGUGGAACAAAUUAUUACAUUGAAUCUUUGCUCUGGAAGAUUUUGUUUGACACCAAGGGGGAAGGCAAGGGUCCAGAGUCGGCAGUGGCAACUGCAGAGUGGAAAGCUGAGCUGGAGAAUCUGGAGAGUCAAGAGCUCCACCACCGGCUGAAUUUGGUGGACCCUAUCAUGGCAGCCAAACUGCACCCCCAUAAUAAGCGCAAAAUAAUCAGGAGUUUGCAGCUGUUUGAACAAACAGGAAUCCCCCACAGUGAGCUGCUGCGACGGCAGCAUGAGGAAAAAGGGGGAGGGCCAUUGGGGGGGCCCCUGAAGUAUCCCAACCCUUGCAUCUUGUGGCUUUACGCAGAACAGGCAGUUCUGGAGGCACGACUGGACCAGCGGGUGGAUGUGAUGCUGGAGGCUGGGCUGCUGGAGGAGCUGCAGAACUUUCACCGGCAAUACAACCAGGAGAGAGUGGCUGAGAACAGCCAGGAUUAUCAGCAGGGCAUUUUCCAGUCCAUUGGCUUCAAGGAAUUCCACCAGUACCUGAUUUCCGAGGACAAGAGUCCAGAGGAGGUGAGACGCCAGUUGCUGGACCAAGCCAUUCAGGCCUUCAGGACGGUGACCAAGAGGUACGCCCGGAAGCAAAACAAGUGGGUCCAGAACCGGUUCCUGAGGCGUCCUGGAUCAAAUGUGCCCCCCGUCUAUGGUUUGGAAGUGUCUGAUCUCUCUCAGUGGGAUGAGAAUGUAUUGGAACCUGCUGUCCAGAUUGUGGAGAGCUUCUUGAAGGGGCAGAAGCCUCUAAGGGAGCCCCUCACGCUGGAGCCAGUACCGGGAAAGGACAAGCAGAAUUGCCAGUUGUGUGAGCUGUGCAGCAGAGUCAUCAUCGGGGACAGAGAAUGGAGAGCUCAUCUGAAAUCCAGGUCCCACCGCUUCCACCUAAAGAAGCUCAGACGCUUGGCCUUGGGCUCCCUCUCUGCAAGGUGCUGCAGCAGCACAGAGUCUCCUGUAGAGAGGAGGAUGGAGGGACCAGGGGAAGACUGUGAAACGUAGGCCCAGCCGUGCUUCCAAGACUUUGGGCAGGAGCUCUGGGGACAAAUGGGGCGGGAUCCCAUCCAUGUGGAAUGAACUGAGAUCAAGUGCUUUCGUGCCAUUUUCCAGGAAUUCUAGUCUGAAAAAUGCAAGGCUCUCGUUUUCCAGGAAUUAACUGUCCCAUUUGCCAUUCUGGACUUGAAUACCAUGGCAUUCAUCUAAUUUUACACUCCUUUUUUUCCUUAAAUGAAGGCAAUAUUUUUAUAUUUUGAUACUGUGGAUGCUAGUGCCUUUUUCUUAAUUACAUGACCUUGCAAAUGCAGAGAAAGCUCUCUGCAGCUUCAAGGAGAGAAGCUUUGGUAAACCUUCCACUGCUUAACCUGCCGCACCUUCCAGGACUUUAUGCCAACAACACAACAUAAUUUCUGUGUCCUGCAAGGGUGGUUUGAAUGCCCUGUCCUGAAGGAAAAGGAGUUGAGCUGCAAUUUUCCAAGUCUGCUUUCCAGGGAUUUCCCUCACUUUGGGACAUCGGGAAUAGACUGUGGCUUAAGAACAAGCCUUGCUCUUCCCACACAAGGCUCCUCCGCUGAGUUCCUACACAGCUUUAGGAUGAAUGGUCUCCUGAGCCCAGGACCAGCCUCUGUGUUUGGGCUCUGGUUUGGGUUCUCAGCUGCUGUUUAAUAAACCAUUUAAGUUGUUGUCA